CUAAUAAAUUAAUGUAGUGUCUCUCCCUCUCUCUUUCUCUCUGUUUGUCCUAUCUUUUAUGUAUGGGAAUUUGAUGCUACUAGCUUUUGCAUGCUUCUUGCCUUCUUGUUCCCAACCCACACCAUCGUAUUUUGCAAUCUCAUAUCAGCUGCAAAGUCUUUGAGAGAGAUAGAGAUAGAGAUAAAGACAGAGCGAGCGAGCGAGAGAGAGAGAGAGAGAGUCUCUUUUAACUCUCUCUAUUAAGUCUCAACUCAAGUAGUCAUCAUAUCUCCUUAUUCAUUUUCAUCCCACUCAACUCAAAAACUAAAACUAAAACUAAAACUGAGAGACAUCUAUAUAUAUAUAUAUAUAUAUAUAUAUCUGGAGAAGAGACCGGUAGAUAGUGAGAGGGCCGGCGAGUUGAGCAUAUAGUCUUGAUAGAUAUAUAUCACUGAUUCUCCCCAUGGUUGGAGGUGUUUGUUUUUUUCUCUUAGUUAGUCUGGUUGGAUUUGUUUUGGGUGUCAUCUUCAACCAUUUCUUGCCUUUGUUGUUGAAUCUUGGUCUUCCCACUCCAAAGGGUACUUUUGGGUGGCCUCUGCUCGGUGAAACCCUCUCUUUCUUAAAACCUCAUUGUUCCAAUUCUAUCGGCUCUUUUCUUCACAAACACAUUACAAGGUAUGGCAAAGUGUUCAAAUCCCAUUUGUUUUGUUCCCCAACAAUUGUAUCAUGUGAUCAAGAACUCAACUACUUCAUACUUCAAAAUGAAGACAAAUUGUUCCAAUGCAGUUAUCCAAAACCCAUUCAUGGAGUACUUGGGAGUUCUUCCAUGCUUGUGGUUGUGGGAGAAACACAUAAAAGGCUGAGAAAUAUGGCUCUUACACUGGUUGGAACAACUAAAUCAAAACCAGAAUACUUAAAUGACAUUGAGAGAACAGCUAUCCAAAUUCUAAAUACUUGGAAAGGAAAGCAACAAGUCUUGUUUUGUGAAGAAGCUAGAAAGUUCACAUUCAAUGUUAUAGUAAAGCAGAUCCUUGGGUUAACACCAGAUGAUCCACAAACAUCAAAGAUAUUAGAAGAUUUCCUAACUUUUAUGAAAGGAUUGAUCUCUUUUCCAAUGUAUAUUCCUGGAACCCCAUAUGCAAGAGCUGUUCAAGCUAGGACUAGGAUAUCUACUACUGUCAAAGCAAUGGUAGAAGAAAGAAGAAAAUGUAGAAUUAUUGAGGGUGAUAAUAAUAAUAAUAAUAAUAAUAGUUCUAAGAUGAAUAAUGGUGAUUUUCUUGAUAUGCUGAUAUCAGUUAACACUUUGUCUGAGGAUGAGAAAGUGAGUUUUGUUCUUGAUUCAUUACUUGGUGGUUAUGAAACUACUUCUCUCCUGAUGGCCAUGGCUGUCCAGUUUCUUGGUCACUCACCAUCUGCAUUACAACAAUUAAAGGUGGAACAUGAAAACAUAAGAAGAGGCAAGGAGGAAAAUGAGUACUUGAAUUGGGAAGACUAUAAGAAAAUGGAAUUUACUCAAAAUGUAAUUAGUGAAUCUUUGAGAUGUGGGAACAUUGUCAAAUUUGUGCAUAGAAAAGCUCUCAAAGACAUCAGAUUUAAAGAUUAUAUAAUUCCAUCUGGUUGGAAGGUCCUACCUGUUUUUAGUGCAGUCCAUCUAGAUCCAUCUCUUCAUGGUGAUGAUGCUCUUCAGUUCCGUCCUUGGAGAUGGGAGAAUCAGAGCCAAACAUGCAAGAAAUUCACUCCAUUCGGUGGAGGACCAAGAUUCUGUCCAGGAUCUGAACUUGCUAAAGUUGAAACUGCAUUCUUUCUCCAUCAUCUUGUUCUUAAUUUCAGAUGGAAACCUGAAGGUGCUGACCAGUCAAUGGCAUAUCCGUACGUCGAAUUUCAAAAUGGUUUGCCACUGAAAGUGGAUCAGAUUUUAUCAGAGGCAUCCUGUUGAUUUGAGAAAGGACCUUCCCUGUGAUACUUUUCGCUUCUGAGGGCCAGUUAAAAGUUUCAACACAAGCACAGAAGACUCGAGAGAUAUUCCCAGUGAAUGAGGAUUCCUAUUGUAAUAUUUCUAAAAAGUGAGGGAUUUAUGUGAAAAAGUGGU